CAUGGGCAAGAGAGAGAGCCGGCGACCGCGGGUAGCCCCAGUGCUGCGCCCUGUGAGGUUCUUAAUACGUAGCUGACGACCCUGAGGUAGUGGGGUCAACUCCUCGCAAACUUAACCACAAGGGUUAGGGUGCUGCCUUCACGCGCCUCGGCGCACACGCGUCCCCCCACCCUUUUCCGCCUCGGCGCUGGCACGCACGCGCAAAUUCGCCACACGCUCCCUCGGUGGGGCGGGGCCUGCCCGUCAGAGCUGGAGUGGAGCUGCUUGGGCGGUGAGGUCAUUUUUGGAGGCGCAGUGUGUGUCCCCGCCCUUCGACGUUCCUCCCCCAAUAAGACCAGAGCUGGCUCUCGGGUGUCUACGUUUCAGUCUUAACGGUUGCGGUGUGGCGCUAGCCCUGGCGCAAGCGCACACGGACCCACGCUCACACGCCGACGCGCCGCGGGCAGUGGUUAGAGGCUCGGGACUUAGGGCUAGGGUGCCGGGCGGACGCGGCGAUGGGCGAGGCGGAGACGCCUUCUUUCGAGAUGACCUGGAGCAGCACGACCAGCAGUGGCUACUGCAGCCAAGAGGACUCGGAUUCAGAGCUCGAGCAGUACUUCACGGCGCGCACCUCGCUGGCCCGUAGACCGCGCCGAGACCAGGAUGAGCCUGUGGAGUGGGAGACACCUGAUCUUUCUCAGGCCGAAAUUGAACAGAAGAUCAAGGAUUAUAAUGGCCAGAUCAACAGCAACCUCUUCAUGAGCCUGAACAAAGAUGGCUCCUACACAGGCUUCAUCAAGGUUCAGUUGAAGCUGGUUCGUCCUGUCUCAGUACCCUCUAGCAAGAAACCACCCUCCUUGCAGGAUGCCCGGAAGGGAUUGGGGCGAGGCACAGCUGUGAGACGCCGCACCUCCUUUUACCUGCCCAAGGAUGCUGUCAAGCACCUCCAUGUGCUGUCACGCACACGGGCAAGUGAGGUCAUUGAGGCCCUCCUGCGGAAAUUCUUGGUGGUAGAUGAUCCCCGAAAGUUUGCACUCUUUGAACGGGCUGAACGUCAUGGCCAAGUGUACUUCCGGAAACUGUCAGAUGACGAGCAGCCCCUCCGGCUAAGGCUCCUUGCAGGGCCUAGUGAGAAGGCCCUGAGCUUCAUCCUGAAGGAAAAUGACUCUGGGGAGGUAAAUUGGAAUGCCUUCAGUAUGCCAGAACUACACAACUUCCUGCGUAUCCUUCAGCGAGAGGAAGAAGAACACCUCCGACAGAUCCUGCAAAAGUACUCCCGUUGCCGCCAAAAGAUCCAAGAGGCCCUGCAUGCCUGCCCCCUGGGGUGACCUCUUAUAUCCCUGUGUGGCAGGAGGAGAGCAGGCAGUGCCAAGAGCGUGCUUGUGUGAGAGUGUGACAGGGUCCACGGGGCCUGAGGAAUGAGUGUGCAUCAAGGCCCUCCCCUAAUGGGGAGAACAAGCCCAGAGAACAACAAAGGAGCUGACCCCCUGCGUCCACCAAUGGGUGUAGCAGGGCAUGGCUCUGCACCCCACCGCCUCUUAACGUACUGGGUUACAGCAGGUUAAGGCUGCCCUAGACUUGCAGCAGAGAUGGAAAGAGGUAGCAGCAGUCUCCUUAAUGUGUAUCACAGGUAUGAGAAUCUUGAAGAUCCUACCAACAACAGGGUGAUGCUUACAAGGAUGAGGACACUCAGCUAUGGGGAAAGGUUGUGUUCUGGGUCUUAGAUAAAGUCUCAGGAAAGCUCAUCAAAGCCAAGAGUGAGUGUUCAGAAUAAGGUAGGCAUUGAGGUAGAGUCUAGCUUUCUCUUUAUAGUGCCUUUGUAAGGUCAGGGAGUAUCAAUUCACAGUGCAGUAAUAGUGCCUCAGUGCCUCCAAGAAGGAUGUCCCUGGGCCAGACCAGGGUCUUCAAAAAUGAAGACAGUGGGUGAGGCCCAUUCCUCAUUUAUCAUCAAAGCCAGGUCUCUCCCUUUGUUUGAGACAGGGUCUCACUUUGUAGUGCAGUCUGGCCUUGAACUCACUGUGUAGCCCUGGCUGGUCUCGAACUUGUGG